AAGCAAGCAACUCCUGGGCUAAUCUUGCGAGGGACGCAUUUUCCCUGGCAGUCCUCUUCUCCACACACCGCUGCACUAGUUGAUAUCAGUUUCGCCGUUUGACUGUCAGAAUAGCUCAUCGUGGAAUGAGCGACCCCAUGGACAUCCUUGACGAAAAGCUCAACGGCGUCCCGUCUAUGGAGAUCAUAGACGAGAUAGUCUCAGUCCGGGAUCAUGACGCAUUCGCCGCGAAGUACAUGCCAGACCUUGGCCACGAUGUCAAAGACCUCAAGGUCUAUACGUGGCGUCUGACACAGUGGAAGAAGCUGGAGAAGAAGCUAACCAGUCCAGAGUUCGAAUGUGGUGGCCAUAGGUGGCGCAUAUUACUGUUCCCCUUUGGCAACUCCAAUGCUCCUCCAAACGAUACUGUCUCUGUCUAUCUUGAUUAUGCCGAGCCCAAGAAAUCGCCAGAAGGCUGGCAUGCAUGUGCUCAAUUUGCUCUUGUUAUAUCUAACAUCCACGAUCCUACCAUUUACACCGUCAGCCACGCCCACCAUAGAUUCAUUGCCGAAGAGUGUGAUUGGGGUUUUACCCGUUUCUCCGAGCUGCGCAAGCUGUUUAGCGUGCAAGAGGGCCACACACGACCGACAGUCGAGGACGAGUCCGCCGAAAUUACGGUAUAUGUACGUGUACUUGAGGACCCCACAGGCGUCCUAUGGCACAACUUUGUCAACUACGAUUCGAAGAAGGAGACUGGGUUUGUGGGUCUGAAGAACCAAGGCGCAACGUGCUACAUGAACUCCCUUCUUCAGUCCUUCUUUUGUACCAAUUAUUUCCGCAGGGCUGUGUAUCAAAUCCCAACAGAGGAUGAACUUCCUACGGAAAGUGUAGCCUUAGCUCUUCAACGCGUGUUUUACCACCUACAGACUUCAGAUCAGCCAGUUGGCACCACGGAGUUGACCAAAUCUUUUGGAUGGAAAUCGUUGGAUUCUUUCCUGCAGCAUGACGUCCAGGAGUUUAACCGUGUAUUACAAGACAAGUUAGAAUCGAAGAUGAAGGGGACUGUGGCUGAAGGUGCUAUAGCGAAAUUGUUCGUGGGCAAGAUGAAGAGUUAUAUCAAGUGUGUGAAUGUCGACUACGUCUCUACCCGUAUCGAGGAGUUCAAUGACAUUCAACUCAAUGUGAAGGGGAUGAAGAACCUCUACGAGUCAUUCCAGGACUACGUCGCUGUAGAAACUCUGGAUGGGGAAAACAAGUACCAUGCCGAGGGCUUCGGCCUUCAAGAUGCUAAGAAAGGCAUCAUAUUUCAGUCAUUCCCUCCUGUCCUCCAUCUUCAGCUCAAGCGUUUCGAGUACGACGUGCAGCGCGACGCCAUGGUUAAGAUCAACGAUCGGCAUGAGUUUCCCUUCGAGAUCGACCUAGCCGAGUUCUUGGAUGAGAGUGCCGACAAGUCUGUGGGUUGGGUUUACAAGCUACAUGGCGUACUAGUGCACUCUGGAGAUCUUCACGGUGGCCACUACUUUGCCCUCAUCAAACCUGACAGGGAUACAAGGUGGUUGAAGUUCGAUGACGACCGGGUCACUCCCGUGACCGACCGCGAGGUCCUUGAAGAGAAUUACGGCGGUGAAGCCUUGAACGGCAUUCAACCACCGAUGCAGCGGAAUCAAGUUCGUGCCAUGAAACGCUUCACCAACGCGUAUAUGUUAGUCUAUGUUCGCGAGAGUGCGGUUGACGAAGUGCUUGCGCCGUUCCGAGAGGAAGACACUCCCCCGCAUCUUAAGCGUCGGCUGGAUGAGGAACGGCUCCAAGUCGAAGCCAAGAAGAGGGAGCGAGAAGAGCAGCAUCUUUUCUUGACUGCCAAGGUCAUCACCGACGAGACAUUUUCUCACCAUGAUGGCUUCGACCUUGCUACUUUUGAUGAAAAGCACUGGUCCCCGUCAGACUUGCCCAGUUUCCGUGUAUUGAAACAGGAGACGUAUAGCACAUUCAAAUCGCGCGUCGCCAGCCAUUUCAACUACCCCGAGAACAAGAUCAGAUUAUGGGUCUUAGUCAAUCGCCAGAACAAAACAGUCCGACCAGAUACGCCGAUACCGGAGAACGAGCCCAACUUGACUGUUGAGCUAAUCCGGAACAACAUGGCCGCUCGACAAAAUGAUCUCAGACUAUACUUGGAUGUCAUUCCUGAUCCCGCCAAGCCUGACCCCCCACCCGGCGCUAUCAUGAUCUUCAUCAAACACUUCGUUGCUUCUAAACAGACUCUGUACGGUGUUGGUAAGGUGUAUGUCCAGCGCAAUAGCAAGGUGCAGGACCUUGUCCCUUUGAUCAACGAACGGAUGAGGUGGGCACCUGGAACGCCACUCAAACUAUACGAGGAAAUCAAGCCGCAAAUGAUCGAGCUGAUGAAGCAGAAGUCUACAUUUGCACAAAGCGAGAUUCAGGAUGGUGACAUCAUAUGCUUUCAGGUCGAGCAGUCAGAGAAAGAGGCUCAAGACCUCGAGAGUCAGGGCUUGUACUCCAACCCUAUUCAGUUUUAUGACUUCCUCCAGAACCGCGUCCUGAUCAUUUUCCGCCCCAAGUAUGAUGAACCCGACCACGACCACCCCGAGUUCCAUCUCGUGCUAAGUAAGAAGAACAACUACGAGAAGAUGGCCACCAAAGCUGGAGAAUACUUGAAGCACGACCCAGUCAUGUUGCGCUUCACAACCACUCACGCCGCAAAUGGCACACCAAAGUCCAUCCUAAAGCGGUCGCUCAACCAGAGUAUAGCGGAGAUCAUGGUGCCGGGUUAUAUCAGCCCAACGACUACCGUGAUACUUUAUGAGAAGCUUGAUGUCAGUAUAGUUGAGCUGGAAACCAAACGAAGUCUCAAGAUCGUGUGGACGGGCGUCCACAACCGAGAGGAGGCCACUCACCCAUUCCUGCUGCCAAAGACAAGCAUGGUCCACGAGCUUUCUGAGCAACUUGCUAAGCACGUCACCCUCACUCCAGGUGGUUCGGGCAAGAUACGAGUGUUCGAAGUCUCGAAGGAUGGAAAGACGCAGAAGGAGUUCACGAACUCCGAAAUGAUAGGUAACAUCCCAGAGCCAGUGGAACUUUUCGCAGAGGAAAUUCCGCGAGAAGAGCUCGAAGCAGAUGAAGCCGACAAGAUCAUCAGCGUCUUCCACUUCUCGAAGGAGGUCUCACGGACACAUGGCGUACCCUUCCGCUUUGUGGUGAAACCCAACGAGAAGUUCAUCGAGACCAAAAAGCGAUUGCAAGAACGAAUAGGGGUUUCUGACAAAGACUUUGCCAAAUACCGUUUCGCGCUCAUCCAAGUGGCCACCUUCAAGCAGCCCUCGUACAUUGAAGAUGAUGACACAAUCUAUGAUCACAAGUUUGCACCGGAGGACGUGCUUGGGUUGGACCACGUAGAUAAGUCAGGCAAGGCCCGGGCAGGUACCGGAGAGAAGGCUAUUGUGAUAAGGGGCUGAGGCUUGGUUUCGUGGAUCGACAGAGGACUGGUUUUGAUGUAUCGUCGUUUUAAUCUCUUGCACUGUACUAUUUCUGAGACUCGGGCUUAUUCAAUUGUCCACCACGCAACAUGAUAAAUACAGGAAAG